UCGGAGCGGAGUUCUAAUUUCGGCUGCCGUUUCUCAAGGUCAACCAACAGCCGCACUUUCAACAGCAGGUUUUCAUUCAGUAUGGACGCUACCCUGUUCUUUUCGCCUACGGCCCCGACUUCCCGGCAUGCUUCGUCGUCGUUGGAGUUGCUCACAGACUGUGGCCUUUGCUCUUUUCUAGACCGUGCUGGAUAUCGCGAAGACCGUCAUCGUUCAUCUCGUCACGAAGACCGCGAGGGCGGACACCGCGACAGAGACCACCGUGGGGGAGACAGGGAUAGCCACAGAGACCGUGAUCGUGACCGCGACCGCUACAGAGGUGACGACAGACGCGACCGCGACCGUCCCCCUCGCCGUGAUCACGAUGAGCAACGUCGUUCUUCCCACAACGAAGAUGAUCGGCGCUCUUACUAUCGCGGCAGAGAUGAAGACCGAGGAUUUUCUGGACGCGGUCGUGAUGAUUUCAGAGGCGAACGUCGCGGGGGCGCUGGGAGUGGGGGUGGUGCUGGGGGUGGAGGAGGUGGUGGAGGCGGGGGUGGUCGACGAGGCAGAGAUGGUUUUGGUACGCCUGAAAGAAGGUCACCCACUCCCGAGGGUGCCAUUCCCUUGUCACAACGUCGCCGGAAAGCGUCAGGAUGGGACGUGCAUGCCCCUGGUUAUGAGCAGUAUUCUGCUCUCCAGGCUAAACAAACAGGUCUCUUCAAUCUCCCUGGUGCAAACCGCACCCAAAUUCCUCCCAUCUUGGGUAUCGCAGGUCUUCCUCCACCAAUGCCUGUUCCAAGCUUCGGAAUGGGCAUUGGUGGCAACCCGAAUCUUUCUCGUCAAUCUCGCAGACUGUAUAUCGGCAGCAUCACGCCUGAAGUAACCGAACAAAAUUUGGCGGACUUCUUCAACGCCAAAAUGGAGGAGAUGAAACUCGGCACGAACGCGUCCGGCAACCCUGUUCUUGCGGUACAAUGCAAUUACGAGAAGAACUAUGCCUUUGUUGAGUUUCGCAGUGCUGAGGAUGCGACAGCAGCCAUGGCCUUUGAUGGUAUCAUUUUCAUCAACGGCCCACUCAAAAUUCGUCGUCCGAAGGAUUAUGGUGGUGACAUGCCCAGUGGCGUUUACGUUCCGGGUGUGGUGUCAACCAACGUCCCAGACACCAUCAACAAGGUGUUCGUUGGCGGUCUUCCUCCUUACCUGAACGAAGAACAAGUCAUGGAGCUCCUCAAGAGCUUCGGAGAGCUCAAGGCUUUCAAUCUUGUGCGCGAGAACGGAACAGGUGCUUCAAAGGGUUUCGCAUUUUUCGAAUACGUCGACACCGAGGUGACGGACGUCGCGAUUCAGAGUCUGAACGGCAUGGAAUUGGGAGACAAACAUCUCAUGGUUCAGCGAGCAGCGGUCGGCGCCAAAUCAGACAUGCCUGGUGACAUUCCCCAAGAGUUCCCGGAGAUCCCUCGACCCAUCAUGCCAGCUGGGGAUGUGUCUGGUGGCGACGCCCGGAUAUUGCUCAUGCUUAACAUGGUCACACCUGAGGACCUUGCCGACGACAAUGACUUCCAGGAUCUUGUCGAAGACAUCAAAUCGGAGUGCGAAAAUUUUGGCGCUGUGGAGGAUCUGCGAAUUCCUCGACCGGCCAAAAAGGAGAAACCAAAAUGGGCGCCAGGAGAACCGCAGAUCAAUGCCCAGGAUGCUGCCCGUGCGGACGAGGCUUCUGGGGUUGGACGUGUCUAUGUCAAAUACUUCCAAGCCGAGGAUGCCAAUCGAGCGAUGAAAGCACUCGCUGGGAGAUCCUUCGCCGGCCGCUCGAUCAUCGCGACUGUCCUCACCGACGACAGUCAGACAUCCCCACCACUCCACAUUAUCUUCGCACCUGAGCCAGAGGCUCCGCCCCCGUUGCCCGCACAGCCGUAG